CGACAUAGGUGGUUUGUUAUUUGUAUAUAAAAGCGAAAAUUGUUUCUAGUUAGCCCGUAGUAACUUUAUUGAUAUAGAAUAAUGAAAGCGUUUAUUAUUUUUUCAACAUUAUUUGCUCUGAACAAUGCUUGGAAACCUGCCACUAUCAAAGAUGUAGAUACCUUUUACGAUAAAUGCGUAAAGGAGGAAAAUGUUCCGGAACCCACGGAAUCUACUAAACUUGAAAGGGUUCAUAUGUGCCUCGUUCGAUGCGUUGCUGUAGAAAUGGGCGUUUAUUCUAAAGGGAAGGGAUUUGCUGAAGAUCGGCUGGUGGAUCAACUUUAUGAAAGUGGAGACAAGGGUAAAGUAAGACAAACUGUUAAACAGUGUUUGAAGAAAACUCGGAACGAAGAUGAUUGUGUCAACGCUUAUGCGGGGUUGACGUGUGCUGAUAAAGAAAGAUUAUAUACCAUAACUUUCUGAAAAAUUUGAACGUUUUGCGAGAAUAAUUUCUAUUUAAAAGUACCAUAGAUU